AUGUCUGAUUCACGUGUGUUAGACAUUCCUGCUGUGAUUUUUGACAAUGGUUCAGGCCUCUGUAAAGUGGGACUGUCUGGAGAUAUUGGACCCCGUCAUAUUGUCAGCUCAGUUGUGGGGCAUCCUAAAUUUAACAUACCUUCUGCAAGAGCCAAUCCGAAGAAGUACUUUGUUGGAGUUGAAGCCCUGGACAAGAAUGAUUCUUUAUAUUUGCACUACCCCAUUGAGCGUGGACUGGUAACAGGGUGGGAUGACAUGGAAAAACUCUGGAACCAUCUUUUUGAAGUAGAGCUGGGAGUGAAACCCAAUGAACAGCCUGUACUCCUGACUGAGCCCUCCUUGAACCCAAGAGAGACUCGAGAAAGAACUGCAGAAACCAUGUUUGAGAAGUUCAAUGUUCCAGGUUUCUAUCUGGCCAACCAUGCUAUGGUAGCUCUCUAUGCCUCUGCCUGUGUCACCGGCCUUGUGGUCGACAGUGGAGAAGGACUUACCUGCACUGUUCCCAUCUUUGAGGGUUACACCCUACCCCAUGCAGUCACCAAGCUCUGCGUGGCAGGAAGAGACAUCACAGAGCACCUCACCCGACUCCUCCUUGCUAAUGGGUGCAACUUCCCUUGUAUCCUGAACAAAGCCGUGGUGGAUGACAUCAAGGAGAAGCUGUGUUAUGUCGCUGUAGAGCCAGGGAACAAGAGAGGUCAUGUGGUCCUGAGAAAAUACAAGCUACCAGAUGGGAAUGUCAUCCCCAUUGGAGACCAGCUGUCCCAAGUGCCUGAGGUUCUUUUUACACCUGAUCAAUUGGGCAUACACAACCCCGGACUCUCAAAAAUGGUUUCCAGCAGCAUCUUGAAGUGUGACACUGACAUCCAGAAGAACCUGUUUGCAGAGAUUGUGCUGUGUGGUGGUACCACUCUCUUCCCUGGACUGGAGGAAAGACUCAUGAAUGAACUGGAACUGCUGGCUUCCAAAGGGACUCCCAUCAAGAUCACUGCUUCUCCUGAUAGAUGUUUCUCUUCGUGGAUUGGCUCAUCCAUUAUGACGUCUCUGAGCACUUUCAAGCAGAUGUGGGUCUCCUCUGCAGAAUUCGAGGAGGUUGGGGUCUCUGUGGUUCAGAGGAAAUGCUUUUAG